UUCCUUUUUUUCUUGGGUGGGUGGGGGGAGCUUGGAGCUGUCUUAAUCUGUAUUCUCUUGACUGAACAAUAAAUUUUUAAAUAUAGUUUCCUCUAUUAAGCACUUAAACCUGGCCAUCUUAUUAACUCCUCUCUUUCUAACAAGGUAAUGUUUUAAAUGUAUAGUUUUAGGAAUAGCGAAAUGGCAGCACCAAAAAUAUUGCGAGCAGUUGUUACUGUUAAAGUUUUUAAAAACCUUUCUCCAUUGUAAGUACCCACUCCAUUUUGUCCUUGCUGCAGUGCAGUCUCCAUGUUACUGUCGCCUGAGAUAUCCUUAAUUUUCGAACCUUGAUCUGCAUGUCUGUCUUUGUCUCUCUUGUCUGAUAGAAGCCAGUUAAAAUGCUUUUAGACGUUUGCUUUUACAAAGUUAAGGUUUUUAGCGUCAUGCUUUUUGAAAAAAAAUGCUUACAGCAAUAAAUGCGAGUCAGAUUUCCGCCCAGUAGCUUGUACACUUUCUCUGAAAAAUCGAUCUAUUUGAAGAAAAACAGCUCUAUUUUUCUCGACUUAGUUGGGGGUGAUGGUAAGAGAUAGGAAGACCUCUUUGUGUAGAAUAAAGCCGUCACUGGAAACUAGAUUUUAAACUGGAAAACAAGUCCUAGCUGAUGCAAGCCAAACACCUACGUUAACUCGAGCAGUAAACAGUCCUCUGCGAAGCAGCCUUUUUGCCAACCCAACCCUGGAAAGUUUGCAGACGUGGAAGGAGCAGAAAAUACCAUGAGAGUGUAACUUACAAAAAGGUAACAACAAAAGAACACCACAACCCUAGAUUUCCCAACUAAACAAUCAAAACAAACAGACUUUAAAAAAUAAUAUCUCCAAAACCACCGCCCAGCUUCUUCUAGACUCCAUGGCACCGGGUUGAGCGGGUCUUGGCUGGAGAUGGGGCAAUGUCAGUAUCCCCACAGUGGACAGCCCUUGCUUCGAAUGGACAGCUGGAGCAGGUCUAGUUUGACAGUCCUCCCACUAAGGUAGGUAAGAGCCCUUUCCCAAGCUGAGAGACAGAUUUCAGGCGCUUUGGCCUGCGGCCCAAGAAGGGCGGGUUGCGAUCCCCAAACUCUUGCUGGGCUGGUUCUGCAGCCCCUCCUCCACACAGAUGUGGUGGCGGAGUGUGUGAAAUGGGCGGCCUGCUGGGUCCGUCCAGCCCCGCCUGUCAGCCUAUGUUGUCAGGCUUUUGGGGCGGUCGGUUCUCUGCCGAAUUUAGCAGCUUACUAGAGCUGCCCUUGCAAGUAUUUCCCAGUGGUGUGUUUUAUGGUCCGGGGAGGGCCUUGGAUGCCUCCAGCUUAGGAAGGCACUAGUGCUGCCAGGCUUGCUGGUUCCUUCUAGGCCCCAAUGGGGUGAGCCACCCUCCGAUGUCUGGCCUCUAGGGAGGCAAAGUAUGGAGAGACAAGAGGUCGCAUCCGGCAUUCAUGGAGAAAGAGGCUUCCUCUCCCUUCCUGGGAUUCCCACAAUUUCCUACUGGCUCCCAAAAGGGGCAAGCUUAGAUAGCCUGGCUUCUAGAAUCUGACAAACCUGGGUAUGAAACUUGGCUGACCAUUUACCGGUGGUGCCAUUACAUAGUCUGCAAGGUCUGUGCAUAAUAGUCUCAGCCUAUCUCCUCCUCUCCAGAAAUGGAGCUAGACUGGUGAUUUUCAAAGUGGAGCAGGCAUCAGAGUGCAGUGGGGGAACUGGAUGAAACCUGUGCGGGUCUUAGACCUUGGCAUUUCUUACUGUGUCUCAGGUAGUGCCAGGUUCAUGGGCUUGGUAGCUAGCAGUUGGCUUGCCCCCUGUUCAAUAAGUGCCACCACUAUAAAUGGUGUCUCCCUUUAAAACUCUGAUCCCUGCCACCCAACACAUUCUAGUUUGCCAUUACUUUGAUAAGCCCUUUGGCUGCAGGUGCCACCGAUCACAUCCCUCCUCUAUUUGGGUCUCAGCUUCCAGUCUGUUCUUGCCCCCUUGCUCCUAGACCCUACUGUGAGGACUGAAGUGUAGCUUGAGGAGCCUGGGAGGCCUAGUUGAAAUUUUGUUUGGAGGCACCUGAGUGCUUAAUCAAUGGCUGCUUGAAGUGCAGCAGCUGUGGGUUAGAUUUGGACAGUGCUGAUGACCUUGGACGACUGUUUCCCGUGUAAAAAAGAUAAUACAUGCUGGAAAGGGUGGUGAGGGGAUUAAGCUAUUAGGGGGCUGUUCGCUGGCUCGAGCUCCACCGUACUUGGCCUCCAUUGUGAUAGGGAUUGUUGCUGGCAGUGUCUGUGGGGGUGGAGGCUGUGCUGUCUCUAGGGCUCCUCCCCCGCCAGCCCACUUCCUGAAGCACGUGCUGGAGCCUCCGGGCAAAGGGGAAAAAAAACUGGCUCUCCUUGGGAAGGCAGUCAGCUCGGUUUUUCUUCCAGUACAGUUUGAAUCCGGCAACUCCAAGCUCUAUGAGCUGUUCGUGGUGGGGUCACGAUUUGAUUAAGGGUCACCCGUCCAUGCCCCUAAGAGAGGAGAGGUGUGUCUUAUCCAAGGUCAUGAGGCCAUUUCUGCAGACACUGGACCGGGUUCCAGGUGUCUUGACUUCCAGCCCAGCGCCCAAGGCACCCCCUCACCCAGCUGUCUGGGUUAUUUUAGGCUCCCUCCUGUGCCAGCUAUCUGCUGGCAUCUGUGCCGAAGAGUUCUCUCUGGUUGUAGGGAACCAGUGUGGUGCUGGUGUACAGAGAGAGCCAGGUGUCCAGUCUUGUAUUAGCUGGCCUAGUGCUGGGAAGGCACCACAUCUCGCCCCAAGUGGAAGAAGAGGGUGAAAGUGCUUUCCAAAUUGGUACAGUUCCCAUUGGUACCCCAUAAGCCUCUGCUGUCCGCAGUUUGAACCCACUUUGGUCUACCUGAGGUUUCUGCUUCACUUUGGUUAGAGACCUUGGUCCUGGGGGGUCUUUAAUCUUGCCCAGUCUCAGAUGAUUAAGCAAUUGAUUUAAGUCUUAACCUCCCAGCUGUAGUCAGGAGGGCUCCAGCCAGUUCCUCCAAUCCUACCAUUAUAAAACAAUUAGACCCUAAACUGUGGCCAGCACGUGUUUCUUGAAACGGAGAGGUAAGUCUUCUCUCUCCCUCUUCAGGCUCCUUCACCUCCCUUUCGCCUUUCUUUGGCCUCCUUUUCCCUCCUCUCCUGGGGCAAGAGGGUGGGGCAGUCUGUCAAGCUGUUGUUCCUGGCUCUGCAGGGUGCCCCGCCCACUGGUCACCCACUGAGCUUGGGGCGUGGCUGCCCUGGCCUGCUGAGAGAGGGCCACGCCAGCGGAAGGGCAGCUAGGCCUGGGAGGUGGCUGGACUAGCUUUACCACACAGACAGCAGUGUCACCGCCCCUUCCGGUGUUCCCACCUGGCCAGGAGUUCUGGUGUGGAAUAUGACCUCUUAGCUGAGAAAGUGGUCCACCAUACUAUUACCACCGCCACCCCCGAGUUUUCUCCAACCUCUGGGAAGUUCCUGCCCAUGUAAACCAGGAAAGGGGAAAAUGAACCUUGUGCCUGUUUCUAAAAUUUUUGUUCUUGUUCCAGCUGUCCCUUCUGCUCAGCCUGACAUACUGGGACCAUAGGUCUCUCUGCCUGACUCCCAGCGCAUAGCCUCUAGUGCUGCCGGCUAUGGACGACCCCCGGGCUCGGGCCUCAGCCGCUACCCCUGGUUCUGGGAAGAAGGAACUGAAGAUCGUGAUCGUGGGUGACGGCGGCUGCGGCAAGACGUCGCUGCUUAUGGUGUAUUGCCAGGGCUCCUUUCCGGAGCACUAUGCCCCGUCAGUGUUUGAGAAGUACACGGCUAGUGUGACGGUGGGCACCAAGGAGGUGACCCUGAACCUCUACGACACUGCUGGGCAGGAAGACUAUGAUCGGCUGCGGCCCCUUUCCUACCAGAAUACACAUCUCGUUCUAAUCUGCUAUGAUGUCAUGAACCCCACCAGCUAUGACAAUGUCCUCAUCAAGUGGUUCCCUGAAGUCACACACUUCUGUCGAGGGACCCCCAUGGUGCUCAUCGGCUGCAAGACAGACCUGAGGAAGGACAAGGAGCAGUUGCGGAAGCUCCGGGCAGCCCAGCUAGAGCCCAUCACCUAUACACAGGGUCUGCAUGCUUGUGAACUGAUGCGAGCUGCACUCUACUUGGAAUGUUCGGCCAAGUUUCGGGAGAAUGUGGAAGAUGUCUUCAGGGAAGCCACCAGGGUGGCCCUCAGUGCACUGAAGAAAACACAGCGGCAGAAAAAACGCAGGCUCUGCCUGCUGCUGUGACCCUAGGGCAGAUGGCCCUGGCAGGGUUGGGGACCCAGGACUGGACUCCUAGGGUCUUGCUCCAUCCCCAGCUCUACAGUGCCUGGCAUAAGGGAUUAGAUUCUUGGAACAUUCUAGAACUCUCCCCUACAGGUUCACACUGGAGGCUGAGGAUGGUGAAUGAAGGUGCCAGACCCACAUCAAUCUAACCUGGGAUUAGGAUUUGUUCCCAGGCUCAGAAGGGCCUUCCUCACAGCCCCUUCCUGCUCUAGCCAUGUGUGCCCCCCACCCCUUUACAAACCCAAUUCAUGCUUGAAACUCAGAGCUACAUUGGGAGUGUGGGUAACCAUGGACAUGCACCACUGCUCAUGGACAUCCCAAGCUCCAGUGUCACUUUCACCCUGGGCUCCAGAGAUAGGCAUGGAUGUAUCCUCCAGUCUCUUCCUUCUUCCCCUGGGGAACGUGAGGGCCACAGCCUAUCGGGAGGACACAGGCACCAGCCCUGAUGUGGGGCUGACAUCAGCCCCUCCCUCCUUCCUCUGUCUCACACUGAAGACCUCUGCCGCAGCCUGGCCAUAUCCUGGGACACAUGUGCUCAAGGGAAGAAACAAGCUCUCAAAAGGUCAAAGUGUACUUGGGCUGCCCGUCUGACCCCUGCUCCAGGUCUUACCUCCAAUACCCCCACCUACCUCCACUGGAGACUUAUGAACAGUGCCAGCUGCCCGUCAGGGGUCUUGGGCAGGUCAGCACUCUCCCUAAACGGUUCCCCCAACAUAAAAGGCCAGACCUGGGCCCUUUAAAUAAUCAAGCUUCCCACCUUUUGCCCCACCCAGAAUCUGCUUCUACCAGGAUGUGGAAUUCAGAAGUCAUCCAUGCCCACCUCCUUCUAGAACUGACAUGCCCAUACUGGAUGGUUUCUCAGAACUGGCCACAGACUACUAGUGUCACUGACAGCAAGAUGCUUGAGUCCUGAAACUCCUUCCUGAAGAUCUAGAGGCCAGGGUCCAAAAUGAUUCAAGAAAGUACCCCACGUGGCUCUAAUGCCCCUUCCAGAAGAAUGGCUUGCUUCUAGUUUGCACUGCCUUAAAAGGAACCAUGGGCUUGGCUGGCCCAUGAUCCCCUUAUACCUCCUGACUCAAAUCCCCAAAGUCAGGUUGCCAAGAAAAGAGAAUUUUGACACUUGCUCCCCAAGUGUCCUAAGACCCUGCUGUCUCCUAAAGAGCCAACCAAGGACCUCUUGUUCUCUCAGAAUCUAAGACCAUGUGGACAGAUUAUAGUAUAGGGCAGAGGUCAGAAAACCACAGCCUGAAGGCCACAAAUGGCCAGCCUGUUUUUGUAAAUAAAGUUUUAUUAAACAGCCA